UCCGGUGUUGCCAGAGACUUCCGGUUCUGGCGGAGCCCGGUGGCGGGGUAACGUCUGUUGGGGAGGACAGGAUGGGGGGGUGGUUGGCCAGCACCUCCGCUCUUAAAGGCACCAAUCCCACCGCCCAAUAUUGUGUGCCGACAAAGAUAAAGCAUAUGUUGUAGUUAUUUUUUAACAUUUGCUGUUUCAAGUGGAGGAAGGAGGACUCGAACCCUCGGGACCAAAGGCCAGACCCAGGCCCUGGGCUGGCCAUGAAGAUUGGCGGAGUGAAGGAAGAGGACGAGGAGGAAGAUGGAGGAGGAGGUGUGACCUACCCGGACUGGGCCUAUAAACCUGACUCCAGCCCUGGGAGCCGGCAGGUCCAGCUCUGGCACUUCAUCCUGGACCUCCUGCGGAGGGAGGAAUUCCGUGAGGUGAUUGCCUGGCAGGGCGAUUUUGGAGAGUUUGUCAUCAAGGACCCCGAUGAGGUGGCUCGCCUGUGGGGAGCGAGGAAGUGCAAGCCCCAGAUGAACUAUGAUAAACUCAGCAGGGCCCUCAGGUAUUACUACAGCAAGCGGAUCCUCAACAAGACCAAGGGCAAGAGGUUUACCUACAAAUUCAACUUGAGCACUCUGGUGAUGGUCAGCCAGACCCUCGCAGGCCUACGAGAUGGCGGUGUGAUCAUGCCUCGCAGUGCCCCCCCCAUCCCGUCAGCCUACCCUUUGCACCGAGCCCUUGUACCCCUGUCUGCGGGGGCUUCACAAGUGACCCGCGGUUCGGUGUCCGAUGGCAGUGCAGGGACACCCGAAGAGCUGGCAGGGACAGCCACCACCUAUCCCUUCAUGUCUCCACUGCUGUGCCCGGAGUCUGCCAGCCCCUUCUCUCCGCUCCCUCGUCACCCACGGCAGGGGCCCAUCUCGCCCCCGGCGGCAGCCCAUCACUUCACCUUCAGCCCCGAGGAGACCUUCCUCUACCUCCGGGGUGGCCUCCAGGUUCUACCCACCUUUCAGCCCGGCCUUUGCCGUCUGCCUGGCUCGCCGGGGCCCGUCCCUGCGAGGCCCACCCCGGCAGAAGGGCCAGAGGCUGGAUUCCAGCUCCAGCCUCCACCGCCAGGCCGCAGGGCCCCAGGGCUGGAGCAGCCAGUGGGCCUGGCGCCUGCUGUGGGCCAGCUCCCAAGUGAGCGGCCCAGGAAGCGGUGCUCCCCCUUGCCCUCACCCUGCAUGCCACCUAAGCUGCGCUUCAAGAAGCAGCGGGCGGAGGAAACAAGUCCAGUUGACUCCCCUCACCCUGGCCACUGGGCUCCCCUUCAUGACUGAUGGUGAUGAGAGGUGAACUGGGAGCGAGAGUCUGGCCCUGUGACUGACCUUGAGAGAUCGGGAGCGGAGCUACAGAUCGAGUACUUUGGCCUUGCCACCACAUGUCACGAGUCCUUUCCUCCGCUGCUCAUGAUCUGUCAACCCUGUCUCCCGUUAAAUCCCCAAUCCCACACCUCCCCACCAAGUCACAAGGUCAGGUACCUGGGGUCUGUGUUAAAGUUCCUGUGAGCAUUGCCUGUGGUGUCUGGCUUAGAAAGCUGCAGAGUUCCUGUGAAUAUUCUGUGCGUCCUGCUCUUUGACACCCCCUCCCCACCCCCACCCCCCCCAAGCGAGGACCUUUGAUAAUUCUGUUCCCUCCUGAUGGGGUGCAGGCUGCCUGGUGUUUGUCUGGUGGUGAGAGGUUUAGUUUCUGAAUUAUAAAUACCAUUUUGUGCCUGCCAGCUUAUUUCUGAAUUUGAAAUGUAAUUUUAUGAAAAACAAUAUCCCUGGAAUGUGCUCCUUGUAUAUAUUUUUUGUAGAGAUUUAUUGUUCAAACUAAUAAGACAUUAAACUAGAUUUUAGCUAAA